AGUGGGGCUGACCCGUCUAGCUGCGGAGUUGGUUCUUAUGUCAUCACUUUAGGUACGUACUCCGUACUGGACUCAUUCUGGAUCUGGACCCUGCGGAUCGUUCGGGAGUUGGAGAUUCUUUGGACGAAGGACAUUUGGGUUUCUACCCCCCUCGGCAAUACAAACCGUGAACAUCGCCCGCGCCUCCUUUCUCUCUGAAUUCCUCCAACAACCACAAAUAUGACUUUUCGCGGAUGGCAGCUCAGGCUGCCUCGUCCAAAGACUUUCCUUGGCCUCAUCAGCCUACAGACCGGAACGGAGGCGAUCACACUUGCACUCAUCAUCAACAAACUCACGGGGUUCUACGGCCUACUGGCGAUCCUGACGGGCUACUCGCUUUCCCUCCUCCAACUGUCCAUGUACAUCUACUCCCUCAUCGUCCUGGUCCUCCUCGUCGUCCUCUUCCCGCACAUCCGACGGCAAUCGGCGCUGGGAUGCCUCGGCCUCGCAUGGCUGUACAUCAUCGACACGGUGCUCAACGCGGCAUACACGGCAGCCUUUGCGGUCGAGUGGUUCGCCAAAAGCUCGGCGCUGACGCGCGAGCCGACGGAAGGAGGGGACGAGGCUACAGCCAUGUCGCCGGGGUCCCUAGCAGUGCCGGAGUCGGUUAUGGCCAGCGGAACGCCGGUGGUGCCGGACGUACCGCCAUCGACGAAACACAUCGGGCCUGAAGAGUCGUGGACGAGCCUGGCGCUGAUCGUGCUGGUUACUGUGAUCCGCGUGUACCUUGCGCUGGUCGUCAUGGCGUUCGCGCAGCAGGUGCUGAGCAGGCGGUGGUACGGGGCCGAGGGGUGGGGUCCCGACCCGGAGGAGGGUGGCGGCAGCAGCAGCAACGGCAGCAAAGACGGGCUCUUCGUCAAGGGCACGGCCGAGGGAGAAGGGUGGCGUGGCCGGCUGGGACGUGGCAUGCUGGCGACAGGCAGGGCUUACUGGCUCGAUGAACGAGCGCAAGAGGAUUGGGCUAAGAGCAUGAGCUCCAAGUUCCGGAGUGCAGCAGCGGCUGCCCAUGUUUAGGAUGGGGUUUUGGGGGGUCUAUCAUCCUUCUCGCUCUACGGAGUACUUUUUACGCCAGUUGUCAUACAACCUCACGCAAUUUCUUGCGGGGUUGCCGCAGAACUGGGACGAGAAGAACGGAUGGCGAUAUUUAGGUUCAAAUCCCGAUGUUUAUACCGGGAUUUGGUAUCAUUUGGCAGCAAAGCAUUGGGAGCGUACGUACUUGGUAAUGGUUUCUGGGUAGUUUGUUAAGCGCAUAUCACGA